UUCGGUUCCCCAGCGGGUGGUGAGGCAGAAAAUGCAGAAAAUGCAGGGCGGAAAGAGGAGCCCCCGCACAGGAGCUGUCAGGCCCUGGCCGGGAGGCAAAGCACAAGAGUGCUGUGGUGCCAGCGGCGGGGCUGGGUGGGGAUGACCUGCGGGUUUGCGCUGGACCCGACCCCAAGGGCGGUCAGGCGCAAGGGGGCGGGCGCUCCGUGCUCCGGUCGCGGGGCCAGGGCGGGCCGGCCGGCGGGGCAUUUAAACCCUGCUGACAGCCAGUCCCCUCCGGGACACGCGCCCAGCUCCCCAGCCUCCUCCGUCGACUCAGCCUUGGGUACCGGUCGGGCAAGAUGCGGUCUUCUCUGGCUCCGGGAAUCUGGUUCUUCCGCGCCUUCUCCAGGGACAGCUGGUUCCAAGGCUUCAUCCUGCUGUUGACCUUCCUCAUUUAUACCUGCUAUCACAUGUCCAGGAAGCCCAUCAGUAUCGUCAAGAGCCGCCUGCACCAGAACUGCUCGGAGCAGGUCAGACCCAUCAACGAUACUCGCAGUCUCAAUGACACCAUGUGGUGCAGCUGGGCCCCCUUUGAUAAGGACAACUACAAGGAGUUACUUGGGGCCGUGGACAAUGCCUUUCUCGUGGCCUAUGCCAUCGGCAUGUUCAUCAGUGGGGUGUUUGGGGAGCGGCUUCCACUCCGUUACUACCUCUCAGCUGGAAUGCUGCUCAGUGGCCUUUUCACCUCGCUCUUUGGCCUGGGAUAUUUCUGGAACAUCCAUGUGCUCUGGUACUUUGUGGUCAUCCAGGUCUGUAAUGGACUCGUCCAGACCACAGGCUGGCCCUCUGUGGUGACCUGCGUCGGCAACUGGUUCGGGAAGGGGAAGCGGGGUUUCAUCAUGGGCAUCUGGAAUUCCCACACAUCUGUGGGGAACAUCCUGGGCUCCCUGAUUGCUGGCAUCUGGGUGAACGGGCAGUGGGGCCUGUCGUUUGUUGUGCCUGGCAUCAUUACCGCCAUCAUGGGUGUCAUCACCUUCCUCUUCCUCAUUGAACACCCAGAAGAUGUGGACUGUACCCCUCCUCAACACCAUGUGAGUAGCGAGCCAACUGAGAACCAGGACAACCUUGAGGACCCUGGGAACAGUCCCUACUCUAUCAGGGAGAGCAGCCUUGAGACUGUGGCCAAAUGCUCCAAGGAGCCAUGUGAAGAGCCUGCUGCCAUCAGCUUCUUUGGCGCGCUCCGGAUCCCAGGCGUGGUCGAAUUCUCCCUGUGUCUGCUGUUUGCCAAGCUGGUCAGUUACACCUUCCUCUACUGGCUACCCCUCUACAUCUUCAAUGUGGCUCACUUUAGUGCCAAGGAGGCUGGGGACCUGUCUACACUCUUCGAUGCUGGUGGCAUCAUAGGCGGCAUCAUGGCAGGGCUCAUCUCUGACUACACCAACGGCAGGGCCACCACUUGCUGCGUCAUGCUCAUCUUGGCUGCCCCCAUGAUGUUCCUGUACAACCACAUUGGCCAGGACGGGAUUACUAGCUCCAUAGUGAUGCUGAUCAUCUGUGGAGGCCUGGUCAACGGCCCGUACGCACUCAUCACCACUGCUGUCUCUGCUGACCUGGGGACGCAUAAGAGCCUGAAGGGCAACGCCAAGGCCCUGUCCACGGUCACAGCCAUCAUUGACGGCACUGGCUCCAUAGGCGCAGCUCUGGGGCCUCUGCUGGCUGGGCUUAUCUCCCCCACGGGCUGGAACAAUGUCUUCUACAUGCUCAUCUCUGCCGACAUCCUAGCCUGCUUGCUCCUCUGCCGGUUAGUGUACAAAGAGAUCUUGGCCUGGAAAGUGUCCCUGAGCAGAGGCAGUGGCUCUAGUAUGGUCCUAACCCACCAGCGAUAGUAUUUUCCUCAAGUCCCAUGACUUUUGUAUAAAGAAAUAUGAGGCCGCAAUUGGAAGAGCAGCAUGGAAGGCCCCAUUGGGUCCCCAGUGUGCUCCCCAUGGGCACAACCACCGAAACUUCCACAAGGAGGGGAGGCAAACCCUCUUUAUUGAACAGCCAGCCCAGCCCAGACCCAGGGCUUAGGAAUGUUUUCCAUGGGAAGGGGACUGCCAGGCAUGAGGAAAUAGAAGAUUCAAGGGCCUGAGCUCUGGAAGCUGCAAGCAAAAGGGGUGGGACUGGGCUGAGUUAUGUCUCCGUUUUGAUAGGGAAGGAUAUGCUCAGACUCUUGCUUGUUCAGAUUCCAAGACAGAAGGCUCUACAAGGUCAAGGCCUGGAAAAUGUGCAACUCUCCUUCCCAUGUUAAAUUUUAACCUCUGUAAUCCACCUGUAUCUAUAGGUGGGCACCUCACUCCAUCAAAGGAGCCCUGCCUUUCUUUGUCCCUCUACCCAUGAAAUGGUCUUCUCUGCGCAUUUCCCCAAGCUGGGCCCUCUCCAUUCGGUCCUGUUGAUAACUCCAUUACCCACCCAUCAUGCUGUUCCUCCAGGGCCAGCUCUCGGGUGAGGCAAGGGAGCUGCCUUGGGUACAUCAUUUGAGGGGGCACUCCCUCUUCGGCACGUGCUGGCCCUGAGUGCUUCCCUUGCCUCACUGGCCCCAGAAUGUCCUCAGUGGAAGGUGACUGGGGGCCAAUGCUGUUGGGAGAGUAGAAAGAGGGGUUGGCAUGACUACAAAUUCUAGUAUGUGUAUUAUUUUGAGAAUGAAAUGCUAAGGAGUGCCUACCGUGUGCCAGCUCUGCUGUAGGAAUGGAGCAGACAAUGGAUACGAAAAGGAAUUACGCCCUGAGCACAGGUGCCAACGGUGCCAAGACUGGCAAGACGUGAGGGCACUGCAUGGUUCAUUCGGGCAGCUGCUGCAGGUGCAGUCGCUUGGAGCCAUCUGCUGCCCCCCUUUUCCACUUUUCAACAUCCUUCCUCCCCACAAAGUCCUGGAUCACUCGCUGUCUUCUGGCUAGCUCUUGGCAUCUCCAUCUGACCCUAAAGCUGCCCAUCGGCACCAAUACAGAUUCCCUUUCACCUGUGUGCCUGUGUGCCUCCUUGUGGUGGCCUGGCUCAGCAGUGAGCGGGGCUCACGUGAGUGGGGUGCUGAAGUGGCGUCCCAGGACCACCAGGUGGGUAGGUUAAAGCUGACGACAGUGGGCAUUCCAGACGGGGGUGCUCAUGACACUGACGAUGUGUCAGGCAAACUGGGAGCUUAGAGAGCCACACAAGAUACAAGCGUUGCAUUUCCUGGGACAUUGUGGGCUGGCGCAUUAGCCAGAAUCACACCCUUCCACUCUAAAGCAGGCUGCACAGGUGCCAAUGGUGACAAACAGGGAAGGCUCCUCCUGCCUGCAGUCACUUCAGCUCUAGCCAGGGACCUCCAAGUCCUCAGAGCCCACAGGGGCAGAAGUUAUACUCUGUGGCCUUAUGUUCAGCAUUCAGGAAAGCUGCUCUUUAACAUUACUUAGGAGGGAGCAGUUUAUGGAGAAGCUGUGUUGCUUAUGCUUACAUUAGCCACUAGAUGGUGGCCCAGUCCCAUCAUAGAGCCCAGGGUGGGCUGUGGUUCCAUCCUGCUUCCUGGAAGAGAGAUAGGAGCAGGAGUCUCUUAACUUUUCAGACUUUCAGCCUGCUUUCUGCUUCAGAGGGCGGGGGAAGAGGAAUGGGUCUCUCAAGGUCUUCUCUUCCCAGCUGCCCUGCUUGCUAACUUUAAGCCUGUUUUGUCAUCAGGAAAAUGGUGACAUUACCUACCUCAUAGGAUUAGUAUGAAGGGAGACAAACAUCCUCUGCACACCCCUGCCCUUGGAGAGCUUGUCUAGUUAGGGGAUAAAUAGGAAAAUACACAGAGACAGUGACUCCAGGUGAGAGCUGUGCUGUUCAUUAAGCCCAGCCAUGAAUGAACAGGGCUGGCAGGAGGUGGUUCCAGGGGCAACGGGAAGAGUCCUUCCUCCUUUUGAAGGCAGAAUUCUCAGGACUUGGAUAAUUCAUUUGAUAAGGUAGUAAGGGGUAGUGGAAGAGGGAGGAAGCGAACAUGAAUACUGAUCCAACUCCUAUAAUGUUAGGCCUUAGAGACUGAAAACUGAACAAGUGGCAUUGGCUCCGAACAGCAGGUAAGUUUGGCACUAGACACAUGCAGAAGGCAUUGUGGGGGCUCAGUCUGGCCUCAGAAAUGAGGACUUAGGCUGUGAGUAGGGAGUUGGGAAAAAUACCAAAGGUUGGAGGAACCCCGGCCCUGAGAUCUGCCUGUCUUCACCCAUAUCCCAGGUCCCAAGUUCCCAGCCCCAUUUGGGCAGCUCUGGGCAUGGCCUGUUCACCAGAGGGCUGGUACCUGCCUUCUCCCUGGGCCUCAGCACUCACACAGGCUAAUGUAGGAGCAUUACGUUAAUUAGCUAUUCAUUUAAUUUAACUUCACAUUUGGUCUCAAUUAAGCUUAAAAUGUUCUUCCUUAUAGAUGCUACAAUAGCACUUGUAAUUAAAAAGCAAUAACUCUUUGCGUUUCUUCCUUAGAGAUCCACUGGGAGGCUGGGUGAGUGUGUGUGGGGUGGCUGGGGGAGGAGGAGGAGGCAAGAGGCAAAGAAAAGAAAGGGAAAGCAGCUCUUGGUUGGUCCUAGCACCAUGAGGCCACCACUAAGACUGAGGCUGGCAGGAGGAACUCAAUACACCGUGGGUGUCUGAGUGGGGGUAGAAUUGCUGCCGGGAAUCCUAAGAAGCAACAAAGGAGCAGACCUCCUACUUAAAGGUGUGGGAGUGGAGGAUGGCAGAUGGGGGUGGAAGGAGGCCAUGCUUAGAGAUGGAGAAGGGGCCCUAUAUUCUGUGGUAGGUACAGUGUGCCACCACAUCCUAAUUUCCAGAACCAGUGAAUGUUACCUUUCAUGGCAAAUGAGAUUUUGCAUAUGUGACUAAGGAUCUUGAGAUGGAAAGACUGAUAAGGGUGGACCCAGUGGAACUGCAGGGCUCCAUAUGAAUCACACAGGGCUCCGUAUGAAUCACAGGGGUGUCAGGGAUUGGCAGAUGCUACUCUGCUGGCCUUGAAGACUGAGGAAGAAGGGUCCACCAGCCAGUGGGAGGGGGCAGCCUCUAGAAGGUGGAAAAGGCAAAGAAAUGGGUUCUCCUGAAUCACCAAAGCCUUUCUUUUACUCCCUGAAACUCAUUUCUGGUUUCUGACCUCCAGAGCUAUAAACGUGAAUUGUUUGAAACCAGUAAGUCUAUGGCAACUUGUUACAACAGCAAUAGGAAAUUCAUAAUAUUCCCAGUGUAAAACUGGGGCAUGACCAAUAUAAAGGCAGGAAGAAAACCACAGGCAAACAAAAGAAAUUCCCCAAAGCUUAAAACAAGUGAAGGGGCUGGCCUGUAGCACUUAGGCACGGCAUAAGGGCUAUUGUGUGACCACCUCAACCAAGAGUUCUCCAAGGGCAGAACUUGGGCCAAAUGCACAGGCUGUAUCAUCCCCAGCAUGAUAUGAUCAAAACCAUUAAAAACACACUUUCU